AUGCAUUGCACCAACUGUAACAAAAAGGGGCACAUCGCCCGAUUCUGUAGAACUCCAGCCCAACCGAACGCACAAGCUGCUAACGCUGGAGCAAGCCGAACCUGCUAUGGAUGUGGAGAAGCAGGAAACCUCAAACGUAACUUCCCGAAGGCAAGAAACACCAACCUCGGUGAAGUGGGCAGAGUUCUGGCGAUAGGUCAUAAGGAAGCCGUCGCAGAUCCAACUGUGGUUACAGGUACGUUUCCCCUCAACAAUACCUACAAAUGCAUUCUUUUCGAUAGUGGCACAGUGAAAAUCUUCAUGAGCCACAAAUUUAAGCGCUUGCUUAAUGAAACACCACAAACACUAAAAGACACAUUCACCGUAGAAAUGGCUAACGGAGAAACAGAGAACACUAACAAUAUUUACACCGGGUGUACCCUCACCUUAAAUAACUACUCUUUCCAAAUCGACCUUAUGCCGGUCACCAUAAAAAGUUUUGAAGUUGUCAUUGCCAUGGAUUGGUUAUGCCCUCACCAUGUGGAAAUCCUAUGUCACAAAAAGGCUGUUCGCCUUAAUCUGCCGAGUGGCGAAGCUCUCAUGGUUUAUGGUGACAAGCCUAGCACAAACUUUCAGAUCAUCUCUAUUAUAAAGGCUUAA